AUGACCUCAACAAACUUGCAAAUGGAAACGUAUACCAUCACACGGCCAACUUGUGCCGCAAAGAAUGAGGCCGGCAAACCUUGCGGCGCUACACCGGUUAUGCCUUGCCUGGACUGCCACCUGGUUGCUUACUGCGACCAUGCCUGCCGCGCCCGACAUUGGCCCGAGCACAAACUAGCCUGCGAGAAGACGCAUGACCACCAAGUGUCGAACGACGUGCAAGCGGACGAACGAAAAGACGUGGAUAGCUAUUUUACUUUUUGGUCAAACUACGCCGCAACAGACUUACUGAACCUUGAGAAAAACGAAGGGCGGUUUUUCAAUGGAAUGUUGUCGAUGUUUAUACAUGGACAGUCUUCAUUUCGACACUUCAUAUACACGCUUCUCAAGAUACCAAAGACAGCCAAACCAGUCCUUCGACUAGCCCUGAACCCUACCACUCCAGCACAUGUUUGUCGGGACUUCUUCGCUAUACACCUGCUUUUCGAUCGGCAUCACGAUCCUUAUUUGAAUGCCGAAGCAACGAUUCACCUCUGGUACUCAGCGCAGCUGCCACUAGCUCUCUGGCACCAUGUAGACGUUGUUAUGAAGGGAUAUUACGAGGAUUUUGAUGAGUGCUUUGAGACUGCCAGAAGAGAACAGCAGAGCGUAUCUGACGAUGGUGUUGGAUAUGAGGUAUCAUAUCAAAUGUCAUGGGGCGACGGUGACAUCAAGUUCGUUGGAAACUUGUUUGAGCGCCAAUGGCGCCUGAUAAGCAGGGUUCUAAAACCAGACAAACAAAUGUCUACUGAUCAGGCAGCCAUAGUUCGAGCUCUGGAUGCUGAAAAGAGUUGCGAACCUCUCAAAAUAGCGGCUUCCCGAAUGACGUGUUCCAGGACUGCGGGCUUGAUGAAAUGGAGAAAAGAUGGCUUGUUGUUGCCAUUUGGACACCCGACAGAUGGAUUCGACAUGUUAAACCCGCAAGUUUCUCUCCUUACCUUGCGCUUCAUCUGCAUAUUCUUCCAGGGCGACGGUUGUUAUCCACAUGGAGCAACCGCAGAGCCCAUCGCAGAGUGGCCCAUGGAGUUUCUCGACUUCCAAGACGGAUUUCAAGAGGAAAGCAAACGACUGUCCAUAAUGGUUGGCCUCACUUCGGUAGGGAUGUCCAUGACCCUUCAUCGAGCUCCUGAGCCAGUCAUGUAUGAUCGUAUUCACAUGGGAGACUUGUGGGAUUUUAAUCCUGCGUGCAAUUUGACAGUUGCGGCCGGGAACCUGCGACACCAAGACCAGAAUCCGUUUGCCACAAUGCUGGCUAUGUGUCGACUAUCGGUCACCAAUUCUGACGCAGAACUGGAAGGGGAGAUUUGUGAAGAGGGAUACCAGACUUUUGAGCCGUCGUCUACAAUUCUUGACGACUAUGCCCCCCCAGUCAGAAUAGAACAAGGUUGUGAAACAGAAACCGUCAUUCGACGGCGAAUUGGUCUUUUGAUGUGGCGCAACUGGGACAAGUUUUCGGAGCGGUUUAUCGAAAACGCGAAGCUUUUUGCAUUCUAUCUCGCAAUCGACUGUGAAACCGACAAGGAGAAGAGCAUUUUCAAAACGGGAUUCCUCGGCAUGGAAUACAAGGAGAAGAACACGAUAACCCGAAGGUGGCCUAACCGUCUGGUACACAGCAAAAGCGACAAGCCCAGCCUUCGGGACUUUGACCGGCAUGUCGGUUGGUUUGACACCAUGCCGCAGAGAUGGAUAGAGUGGAAACGUGUUGACGACGCCGGUGACAAUGAGUGGGAAAUGGCGAGACAGUGUGUUUUGGAUAGUUCAUGGCGCGACAUGGCUGAGGUGCAAGCGAAAAUAAUUGAUGAAGAAGCGCAGGUACUAGAUGAAGAAGAAGACGUGAACAGGCGAAUUGAAGAACUGCUGGCGGAGGAUGCUGUUGAUAGGGAGAAGUCCAAGAAGUCAGGGGCGACGAAGCCAAAGGGAAAAGCAUCAAAGCGGAAGAAGGACUUUUUCCAGCAGUUCUUGAGUCUUGGUAACAGCGUAAUUGACGUAUAUAGUAUUUGGUGCGCAACAGUCUUUUGUACGGCUGAUGAGACUAAGAUUUCUCUGGAAAGGUGA